CUUCCUUCAAGAAGAUUCAUUUCCACAGAGAUACAAGAAAUGGCAUCUUUCAACAAAUUUAAAAACGUGCUAAUGCUGGCGUUUGACUGGAUCCUGUAUGGUGCUGCCUGAAACGCUGCUGUAACCUGUAAUUUCUGGGUCAAAUCCUGCUGCACUUCCCUGCUUGGAACACUCCAGCAGCAGCUUGGUUUCAGAGCAACUGUGUUUGUCUGGGUGGAGGGUUUGGGAAGUUCAGCAGGCAGCAUCUAUAUGACCUGAGGCCAUGGAGCUCUGCUCUGCAAGGACACCAGAGCCUGUGGAUUAGGUGGAAAAGAGAAGGGGAUCAGCUGCAGAAGCACAAGCUACUGCCUUUCAUCACACAGCGUGUGUUGCAGGUCAGUGCCGAGUCACUGUAGCACAGCCCAGGUUUCAGCAGGCUGACUCCUCCAUGAAUGUGUCCCUAACCUGCUCCUUCUCUGCCUCUGGAUGCUCCACAUCCCCACCUGAAGUUCUGUGGUUUCGCUUUUUAACUAAUACUCAUCAGGAUUUGUGUACUCCUGGCUGCAGAGAUCAUCAGAAGUAUAAAGUACAUUCAUCAGGAAAUAACAUCUUACUUCAGAUAAAAGAUCUGACUGAAGAUGACAGUGCUGUUUAUAUCUGUGGAAUAGCAUUUUCAGACUCAGAGUCACCCCUUUCUAAACAAACAGGAGAUGGAACAGUACUAAUGGUAACAGGAUCAGGGAAGCAUGUCAGCCAUGGAAAAAUCAUCUCCAUGAUCGUUGCCUCGUCCUUACUGUUCCUGUACAGCUCUGCUGUGCUCAUUUCCUUUGCGGUCCACAAGUUAAAACCAAAGCUGCGAAAGAAAAGUGGGAAAGACCAAACAACAGAGAACUGUAAAAUAAAUAGCGGCCGAAAAAUUUUUCAAGCAAUUGCUCAAGAACUUCAAAAGCAGAGAUAUGCUCAACACUGCCAGCAGCCUGAUGAUUUGGAAGAUGACACUGUUUAUCAGAACAGAUGAGCACAUGCAACACUUCAGAUUUGUUCAACAGUUCUCCUGCAUGCAAAGGAGCAGGUGAGGAAGUUAAGCUUCUUCACAGACUUCCCCUGCUUUUAAGGAAGAGGAGAAAACCUUGCAGGGCAGUGUUCUUCAGGAGUAUUUUCUAAACAGAUCACCAGAACCAAGUGCAUUGUACCUUACAUCAGUGUUACAUAUUCCAUUUUCCAUUUCCAAGAACCCUGGGAAAAGACUUCAUCUUUGUAAGAUAACUGCUGAUACUUCAUAAAAGUUUCCCUUUUUAGUUUAGAUUUAAUUGUGUCUUUUUUUUUUCUCUUUACAUAAUCUUUUAUGUAUUCCUGUUACAUGAAACAGGAUGUGAAAGAUGUUUAACAAUUGACAGCAACAGAAAAUAAACUCGGUUCAUGGGUGAAA